CAGUUAAGAGUUGAGUGAGUGACUUCAAACACAUCCAAGUGGCAAAGCAUCCUCUAACUUUCCGACACAUCUCCAAGUUUACUUCUCUCCUCCCACCGUUUCGCCACCGUCCGUGACAAUAAUGGCUCUUUCUCUCUCCGCCGCAUCUCACUCACUCUGCUCCUCCUCCACCACCCGAGUCUCUCUUCCCCCCGCCGCCGUUUCAUCCUCUUCCUCCUCCCCAUCUUCUCCCUCUCUCGUUUCCUUUUCUUCCUCACAUUCCCUCUCUCCUCUCCGAAGCCUCGCCUCCUCCUCCUCGCUCUUCCCCCAUUCCCCAUCCCUCGUUCAGAGAAAACAUACGAACAGAGGCUCUAGUAACACGGUUUCUCCUCCCACACGUGCUGCUGCCUCUGACGCAGCUCAACUGAAAAGCGCUAAAGAAGACAUCAAAGUCCUCCUCCGCACAAAGUUCUGCCAUCCCAUUCUCGUUAGGUUGGGAUGGCACGAUGCUGGAACGUACAACAAGAACAUAGAGGAGUGGCCACAGAGAGGUGGAGCUAACGGAAGUCUUAGGUUCGAGCCUGAGCUUAAGCACGCUGCAAACGCUGGUCUCGUUAAUGCGUUAAAGCUCAUUGAACCUAUAAAAGAAAAGUACUCUAACAUCUCUUACGCCGACUUGUUCCAGUUAGCUAGUGCCACUGCUGUAGAGGAGGCUGGUGGUCCUGAAAUACCGAUGAAGUAUGGGAGAGUUGAUGUCUCGGCGCCUGAGCAGUGUCCUGAAGAAGGAAGACUCCCUGAUGCUGGACCGCCUUCACCAGCUGAUCAUUUGAGAGAAGUCUUCUACAGAAUGGGACUAAAUGAUAAGGAGAUAGUUGCCUUGUCUGGUGCGCACACCCUAGGCCGAUCCAGACCAGACCGUAGCGGCUGGGGCAAACCUGAGACUAAGUAUACGAAAGCUGGACCUGGAGAACCAGGAGGACAGUCAUGGACAGUGAAAUGGCUCAAGUUUGACAAUUCCUACUUCAAGGAUAUCAAAGAAAAGAGGGACGAAGAUCUUCUGGUUUUACCCACUGAUGCAGCACUAUUUGAAGAUCCUUCCUUCAAGAACUAUGCAGAGAAAUAUGCUGAAGAUCCAGCUGCAUUCUUCAAGGACUACGCUGAAGCUCAUGCCAAGCUUAGCAAUCUUGGAGCAAAGUUUGAUCCUCCUGAGGGCAUAGUCAUUGACAAUGGCUCUGUACAAGGAGAGAAGUUCGUAGCUGCUAAAUAUUCCACUCAAAAGAAAGAGCUUUCGGAUUCUAUGAAGAAGAAGAUAAGAGCUGAGUAUGAAGCUAUUGGAGGAAGCCCUGAUAAGCCAUUGCCCACUAACUACUUCCUCAACAUCAUAAUUGCCAUCAGCGUUUUGGUCCUCUUGUUCACUUUCUUGGGUAAUAACAACUCCUCUGAUUACUCUGGUUUCUAAAUUGUUAACAUUGUUUUGGUUCUCUCUUUACAUAUAUAUACAUAACUAUGUGAUCUUCAAAUAUUCUUUGUAAACAAGCACAUCAUUGUAAUAAUAUGGUGAGAGACUAUAGACAAAACUACAAAGCA